GUUACAUUUGUUUCCCAAUUAUAGAACGAAUACUAACGACGAUUCGCGUAUAAAACGUGCGAUUCGUACAAGUUCGCCGGUAGUAUCGUAUUGAAAACGUUCGUAUUCGGUCGCUGUUUGUUCGCAAGCAUUCAAAUGGCUUUAACCGCUGCACUUUUUUUAAUUGUUGGCGCCCUAAGCGCGCUAUUUCUGUGGGUCCAGCGCAGCCAUAAUUACUGGCAACGCAAGGGAUUGCCGUAUGUGAGACCCACAUUCCUGAUUGGCAACACAAAGGAGAUGUUCACGCUGGAGAAUAGUUUCGGCUUACAUCUGUCUGAAAUAUAUAAAGCCCCGAGUAUGCAAAAUGAGGCCGUCGUUGGCAUAUAUGUGAUGAAUAAGCCCGCAUUGGUUAUACGUGAUCCGGAACUGGUCAAAUCAGUGCUCAUAAAAGAUUUCAAUGAGUUCUCGAAUCGCUAUGGACGCUGUGAUCCUCACGGCGAUGCUUUGGCUUCCAACAAUCUGUUCUUCGUUCGCAAUCCCAAAUGGAAGGAGUUACGCACGAAGCUGACGCCUGUUUUUACCAGCGGAAAAGUCAAACAGAUGUAUGGUCUAAUGCAGGAGAUAGCCGAGGAUCUGGAGUCGCAUCUGGUGCGUCAUAGUAACGAACAGGGGAAAUAUUCGACGGAAAUCAAGGAGCUGUGUGCCCUUUUUACCACCGACACAAUUGCUAGCACCGCGUUUGGGGUACGCGCCAAUAGCCUGGAGAAUUCAAACUCGGAUUUUCGAACCCAAGGACGCAAAGUAUUCACCUUUACAUUGCAUCGUGCCUGGGACUUUUUUGUGGCCUUCUUCUUACCGAAACUGGUGUCGUUCUUCCGCAUCACGGUGUUUACUCCCGAGUUCUCUAACUUUAUGCGAAAGAGUAUUUCACAUGUGAUGCACGAACGCGAACGCACCGGCACUCUGCGGAAUGAUCUCAUCGAUGUUCUAGUCAGUUUGAAGAAGGAGGCAGCGUUGGAACCAAAUAAGGAGCAUUAUGCCAAAGACAAUGAUUUUCUGGUUGCUCAGGCUGGCGUAUUCUUCACCGCGGGCUUCGAGACAUCCUCAUCGACCAUGUCUUUCGCCUUAUACGAGUUGGCCAAGCAACCAGACCUCCAACAACGAUUGCGCGAAGAAAUCAACGAAGCCCUACUGGCUGAAGGGGGAAAACUGUCUUAUGAGACGAUCAACUCGCUCGAGUACCUAUCCAUGGUGGUAAACGAGGUGUUGCGUCUGUAUCCAGUACUCCCCUUCUUAGAUCGUGAAUAUAUGGGUGUUAAAGACAAAUCGGGCUUCUCUUUGAAGCCUUUUUAUAAUUUCAAAAUUGAAAAUGGGACCCCAAUCUUUAUUCCCGUGUUUGGUUUGCAGCGCGACCCCAAGUACUGGCCGAAUCCAGAUCUUUUCGAUCCGGAACGUUUUUCGGCCGAACAGAAAGGUUCUAUUGUACCCAUGGCUUAUCUGCCCUUCGGCACAGGCCCCCAUAACUGCAUUGGCAGCCGCAUAGGCCUUCUACAGUCUAAGCUUGGACUUGUACAUAUUCUAAAGAAUCAUAUGGUUCGUUGCUGUGCGGAUACUGUCGGGAACAUAAAAUUCGACCCGAAGGCCUUUGUGUUACAAGCAGAUUCGGGAAUAAAUUUGGAAAUUAUAAACGACCGCUUUUAUGAUAAUAAGGUUAAUACAUAGAUCCAAAAUGGUUAUGGAGAAGAAAUAAAAUCUGUCUAUCAAUAUGCUUUUUAAGCUUCUGGGAUAUCAAACAAAUUAAAAAGCUACGUUUUAAUAUAGAGUUUCAUUGAAGUGACAAUGAAUUGAAAUUCGAAAUUAUUGUAUAACUUUUCACCGAAUGGAGAACAGCUCGCUAGAGAACCAUCAAGAGAUAAAAUAGGAGGAUCCAUUAACUAAAAAGCUGCUAAUGGUUGAUGGAUUCACAAUAGGAAAUACUUGGUCUUUUUAGAAUUUAAACUUAGAAAUUAAUACUAAAUAAUGUAAGACUAUAUUUAAAUAAAAUCUUAUAUAACUGUUUAUAAA